AUGUCAGUAAUCAUAAAAUCUGAACCUAUUAGUGGAGUAGUGGAGUUGUCAUCGGAUGAUGAAGAAACAGUAUCAACACUAUCAACCAUUAAUAAUGGAAUUCCUAACCACGGACCUACUGGACGCUCUUCAACACCAGAUACACAAUGUUCAAUCUGUCUUGAUGAUUUAACCAAUAAAUGUCAUACAAAUUCAUGUUGGCAUUUAUUCUGUUUUCAGUGUUUGCGACGAUGGUCUAAUUCUGAACCAACUUGUCCAUUAUGUAAGAAAUCGUUCGGUUUUAUUUAUCAUUCAUUUGGUGAUCAUGGCGUCCAUGAAACAUAUGAUGUUCCUUCAACGGCCAGAAUGCUGACACCAAGACUAUACAUACGGCCAUUGAGUGAAAUGUCAGAUGAUGUAAACAGGAUGUUUAGAAUGAAUAUGUUUUUGGAUAUUAUCCGUAGAGACGGAAUCAUAAAUCACUACUCGCAACAUCAUCAUCCGAUAUAUGAAUUGGACGAUGUGGACCAUAAUCAAAAUGGUAUGGAUCCAUUUGUACAGGAAGUGUCUCAAAAUUAUCCAUUGACUACUUUACAAAGACCAAUCCCUGGUCAAGCAACGAGAAUAAGAGUGUAUAUUGAUAAUGCGUGGGCUGUACCACUACCUGAUACGACUGGCCGUUUUAGAGAUUGUAGCUCAGCUUUCUACCGUGAUAAUCCAGCACAAACAUACAGAUUGCAUGCAUUCAUCCUUCGUGAUCUGGUUGCCGUGAGGGAAUCUAUAAGAUUAGUUGGUCAGUCAAUGCCUUUCCCAGUGACGUCUGAUGUUACUGUGACAAACUUGAUAAUGCGGUCACUUGCGGCAUAUGAAAUAAGACAGUUACAUUUAGUCAACGUCAUAAGGCCUUUUCUAGAUUUGCGUGCAGUACAUUUUUGCCAUGAACUUUACAACUUUGCUCAUAGUCCAUACGACAUUGGGGGCUAUGAUCAAAAUGUUCAAUAUACUUAUCCGCCGCAUGAUGAUGAAUUAACUAGGCCAUAUUAUACAGAAUUAUUUCCACCAGCCCAACCAAUCCAUAUUGUUGGUGAAACUAUUGUAUUGGAUUCAGAUAAUGAAGAAGUUAUAAGGCCACGUAUAAUGGACGUUAUCGAAGUUAGUUCUAGCGCUGAUGACUCUGAUGUUGAAUUUUUAAGUCACUCCUUCCGUUCUAUCGAUCCAAUUAAUACUGCCUCUAUAGACCAACCUUCUACGUCUACUGGAAUUCGAGAUUCAUUAGAUCGACCAAACAAUAGAUAUAAUUUAAGGAGACGAAGAAUAUUCUCACCAACUGUAAAUGGUUCUCCUAGUUUUCCUGUAUGUAGUGAUUUUUCUCGAAUUUCAUAUCCAUCUCAAGUAAGAAGAGGGAGGCCCAUUCUAGAUUCUUCAUCAGAUGAUGAAGAAUCAAUAACUGCUACUCGAAGUUCUCAAACUGCUCUUAUAAAAUCUCAAAAUGUUAAUGACAAAAGGAAAAAAAAAACAAAAAGAAAUAAAAAGAAAAAAAGGAAAAUAAACACCAAUGAUUCACGGUCUGAAACCCGCAGUACCAACAGAAAUCGUUCAUAUUCAGGAUCAUCUUCAUCUACGGGAGAAACAGAUAUAAGACCAAUUAACAGUCGUAUUAUAAGGAUAUAG